AUAGAAUCCAUGACGCAAAAUGGCCAUCCAUCCGGUAACUUCACCCCAUCAGAGACCACAGAUGCAUCAGAAUGUCACCAAAGGAAAAGAAGCACAUGUUCCAACUCUGGAUCUGGGGAGGCAGCAGGAGAAACAGCAAAAAGUUACACUGUGGAUCAACUCGAGGCCGUGAAGAGAAUAAAGAAGUGUAAGGAUUACUACGAAAUCUUAGGGCUAAGUAAAGAUGCGACAGAGGAGGACCUGAAGAAAGCCUACAGAAAACUGGCUCUAAAGUUUCACCCUGACAAGAACCAGGCACCAGGAGCUACCGAGGCAUUCAAAGCUAUUGGGAAUGCAUACGCAGUGCUAAGCAACCCAGAGAAGCGGAAACAGUAUGACUUGUACGGUGAUGAGAAGCAGGCUGCUAACCGGCACAGUCAUGGUGCCUCUGACUACCAUAGAGGUUUUGAGGCAGACAUCUCACCCGAAGACCUCUUCAACAUGUUCUUUGGUGGCGGAUUUCCCUCUGGCAAUGUUCAUGUAUAUAGUAAUGGGCGAAUGCGUUACACGUACCACAGACCUGAGCGACGGGAUCAGCAGGGUGAUGGUGGAUUGGCACUCCUUGUACAGUUGAUGCCAAUUCUGAUCCUGGUUCUUGUCUCUGUGAUCAGUCAAAUGAUGGUGUCGAGCCCUCCAUACAGUCUGAGCUACAGGCCGUCUACUGGUCACAUUCACAGACGGACGACAGAGGUACUGAAGGUGCAUUAUUUUGUGGCAGAUAAAUUUGCAACGGAAUAUACGGGACAGAACCUGAAGCUGGUGGAACAGAAUGUGGAAGAAGAUUUCAUUGCAAACUUGCGGAAUAACUGCUGGAAGGAGAAACAGCAGAAAGAGGGUUUGUUAUAUCGUGCUCGCUAUUUUGGAGAUGUGGAUCUCUAUCAGAGGGCCCAGAAAAUGAGCACACCAAGCUGUACCAGGUUAUCAGAAGUGCAGGCUUCCCUGCAUGGUUAGAAUGGAGUCUACCACAUCAAUAACUGGAGACCAGCGAUGGGAGAUGACUACUUUAAAAAAAAACAAGACCCUUGAAAUUGUCUUAAGACUGGAUUUUGAUUAGCCAGCAGCAUUUCUGAAAAUACUCACUAGCCUAUGAGCAAACCCCCACCAAUGGACUUUUUUGAUGAACUGAAGCAAACAGAGCCAACGCCUCCCCGCCAGCACCCUGCCGUGUAGACUGUGAUACACUCGUUUGGGGAGGAGACCGACACAAUGCAAAGCAGGAGAGACAUGACUACACAUGAACCAAGUUUGUACAUGUGCACUAGUCACUUCUAAUGGAGCAAAUCAGCAUAUGUUGAAUUAAUGAUUUGGAAAUUAUUUAUAGUUGUAUAUACAUUGUACUUUAUCCAGGGGCUGAAAUCAGUUGUAACUUAUUUUGCUCUUCAAUAGAAAUAAAUCUGUAUUGUGAAAAUACCCAUA